AUGCCACGCAAGAACCUGGAUGCGCCGGCCCGCCCAGCCCCGUCCCUAAAAGCCGGCGGGGAAGGAUUCGCCGCCUUUGCCACCAUCUAUCGAAUGCACGCGCCACAGGUUUAUAACCCGGCCGGAGGCCAGUUCAAAAAGGCGACUGCUGCAAAUCGUUGCGCGAGCGCUGGCUACCGUAAUGCAUGGAAGACACCGAAUGAGAAUGAAGAAGAGAUUGAGAAUCGGAAUGACUUCCUCGAGCAAAAUCACAUGGCUCAGCGCUACAAAUUGGACAUAUAUAUUGUCGAUGCUAAAGAAAUCGGAGCGGUUUUCCAUUCUCCAUGGGUAACCCCAAUUGCCACCAUGAAUGUGAGCGCCUUUGUGCGCGUGCAUGAAAAGCUGAUUCAAGCAGCCACGAGCACUCGCCUGGGCGGACAAACUCACCGAGGAGGACCUCCUGCCGCCCGGUCACUUACUCGGAAGGAGGCCCCCGUCCCUGCACUGCCUCUUGCCUUCGUUCACACGUUACUGCCCCGAACACGCGAGUCAGGGGGAGUGGCGCGUCUGAACGCCCCCGUUCGGCCCGGGCAGCAACCCGCCCCGCUGAACGGCCAAGACGAGUCACGCAAUGCGCAUGCGUCAGACACGCCCGUGUUCCCCGUCCGGCUUGUUUGCCCACUACGUCGCGCAUGCGUAGACCGAACCCCUCCGAUAAAGGCCGCCCCCUCGGCGUGCGCAUGCGUGCUCGUUUUGGGUCGCGGGGAGAGGGAAGCGGCUCCGGGCCGGGCUCCUCCAGAGGUGCAGCGCCGCCUCCCGCCUGCGAGGGGAGCCGCCGUGAUCGGGCAGAAGACGCUAAUGGCCUUUGUUGCUGAGGAGUGCAAGCGUUACACUGUCUACCCACCCCCAAAUCUAGUCUUCACUUGGACCCAGAUGUGCGAUAUCCACAAUGUGAAAGUUGUCAUCUUGGGCCAGGACCUGUAUCAUGGACCCAGCCAAGCACAUGGCCUCUGCUUCAGUGUCCAGAGACCCGUGCCACCUCCACCCAGCCUAGAAAAUAUUUACAAAGAGCUUGAAACAGACAUAGAAGACUUUUCUCAUCCUGGCCAUGGAGACUUGACAGGGUGGGCCGGACAAGGAGUCCUCUUGUUCAAUGCUGUCCUCACUGUCCGAGCACACCAAGCCAACUCUCACAAGGAGAAGGGCUGGGAGCAGUUCACGGAUGCGGUGGUGUCUUGGCUGAACAAAAACCUGGACGGGCUGGUCUUCAUGCUAUGGGGAGCCUAUGCUCAGAAGAAGGGCAGCGCUAUUGACAGAAAACGCCACCAUAUCUUACAGACGGUUCACCCUUCGCCCCUUUCUGUGCACAGGGGUUUCUUCGGCUGCAAGCAUUUCUCAAAAACAAAUGAAUUGCUGCAAAAAUCUGGAAAGAAGCCCAUUGACUGGAAAGCACUUUGAAAGGCUUGUGUCCUUUUGGGAAGGUGCUGCAGUCUAUGACAUUUAAGAGACUCAAUCUUAAGAGCUUGAAGGAGUCCAGAAAUUUUAUUGUUGUGUUUGAGACAAGUUACCUAAACAGUCUUCUUCAGCCCUUUGUUCUGGAUUAGUUCUAUCAACUGGGUGGGAUUAUUCCCAAGAGUCUUUUUGAGGCUUAAAGAAAUUGGUAUAAAGAAUUCACCUUCUAAGUGCAUUUGAGCACAACUUAGAAUUGGCUGUAAGGAGUGAUGUAACGUCUUGUUCUCAGGU